CUUGGUACCAUAUAUCUUGGUUUUGGCUGUAGAGGGGGGGGGGGCGGGACUUAUUUGACACCCUGUAUUAUAUUUUCAGGAUGGUUCGCAGUGUAUUCUGUAUCACCUCCUCAAAGCAGGAAAUUCGUCAAAGAAAUGGAACCUGAGUUGCAAUGAGACGGAAGACUCCUUUUUGAAACACGACCACGAAGAUUAUCCAUCAACGUUGACAUCUGGGCAGAAAGUGUAUGCUUAUAUUACACCUAUCAUUAUUUGUAUCGGAGUUAUAGGAAAUCUGCUCUCAGUCAGAAUCUUCUUGUCAUGGAAAAAGCGUAAAUUGCCUAUCAACCAUUACUUAACGGUACUUUCCGCAUCAGAUUUGAUUGUCCUGCUCACAUAUGUUCUUCUGGAUUGGAUGAGAAAAGGACUUCCACAUUUGCCCGGUCACGUUGUGCACAACGUCAUCGACACAGAAGGGGUUUGUCAGUUUUACUUAUUAAUCUCUUAUGGCGCCCGAUUUCUGUCCGUCUGGAUCAUAGUUAGUCUUACGAUCGAAAGAUACACGGUCAUAUGUUACCCGAUUAGGAGUAGGAUCUUCACUUCGAAAACUCUUAAGGUCGUUGCAACACUUGGUGCAUUGUCCUUGAUAUUCUCCGUAACAAAAGCUUCCAUUAGUGGAAUACAUGAAACGGUACCUGGUGGAGAAAUAUAUAAAUGUACCUACAAACCGGGUUAUAAAGCUGGAUCGUUUAUACUGGACUAUAUUUUUGCCCUAUUUACAACCUUGGUACCAUUUUUUGUCAUCGCGUGUCUAAAUGUGAUGAUCAUUAAGAAUCUGAACCCAUGUAUUGGUAGGAAUACUUUACAUGCUUCGACAAACAGAGUUUUCGGUUCGAGGCUACUCCGCCAUCAAGUUGAAUUAACAGUUACUUUGCUCACGAUUUCAACUUCAUUCGUACUGCUCAACCUUCCUUACUUUGUCGCUUGGCUCACACAACAUUCCAUGCCUGAAUAUCGUAAUAUGGACACGUUUGCAGAGCUUAUGAACGACCACCAACAAUUACAAGGAUUUUUACUAAUUUCGAAAACAAUAUAUUACCUUAAUUUCUGUUCUAACUUUUUCCUCUAUUGCAUCACUGGUUCUAAUUACAGACGCGCAUUGAUUUCACUGUUCCAAUGUCACCAUGAGACGCAUUUCAUUCACGAUCAGAGAUCAACGACAGGAAGAGCUUUCUCAACACAAGUGACAUCAUUAAGUAGAGCGUCAUUAACAAGCACGGUUUAUUCGGGAACUUCCGUGAAAGGAUCGUGCAUGUAUCUCACAGAGUUGAGGACUAAUCGACGAAUUAUACAGACUACCGCGGAGUGAUAUUCAUGGUGAUAAUUGUGUGAUUUGAUUGAUGUAAAAACCAGAACAUGAUUUCACAAUAUUUUCAGAUGUUAAGUAAAUAAUACAGUUCUCAAAUGCAGAUCCACGAAACAAGUGUUUGUUUCGUGGAUAUUUCAUAGUUUUUUCGAUGUUAAGUUGUUCCUCAGACACUCUAAGUAACGGAUCUGUAACGACAGCAAGUUGCUACUACGGCCCAGCUGUAGUGGCUUAAGCCUUUAUAGCUCAGUUGGUAGAGCAUCAGUCUUUGGAUCCAGGGGUCCUAGGUUCGACUUUCUUUCAAUUUCUUUUAUCCGGCUUGUUACAAUUUUGUAACAAACCUCCAUUGUAUUUCAAUAACUGCUGUUUAUGUUCAUCAAGCUCUAUGUACUAUUUAAAGGAAUAUUCCUUGCCAGACCCGUUCUCUCUUGAUAUGGUAGCUAUAAUCAUAUAUAUAGUUUCCAUAUUUAGCAAAACAUGGGAAAAUGUUUUAAUGUGGUCAAUAUUGAUCAUUUAAACACCUAGUGCUUAUUUCCAGUGAGCUGCCAUCUUUUAAGAUUUCUUGCAGGAAGUGAUGUCAUCAACUCUCAACUUCUAUAACCUUUCCCAUAACAGUAGAGAAAAGUAGCACAAAAUCACUACAGACAAGUGAUCAUUAAUUUCUGUGCAAAAAUAUUUUCAGGGCUUGUCAACUUAGAAUAAAAGAAGAGAUUUUCAGAAGGAUUAAAUAAGAUACAAAGUUGAAAAAGAAUAUUUAGCUGGUUUUGUAAUUCUUAAUAGCUCCUCACCUAAUGCUAUAUGCAAAGUUGAGACUCGAUGACACCACUUCCUGUUUGACAUUUUAAAAGAUGGCAGCUUACUGGAAUUACCCAAAUGCGAGUAGGUAGUUACCAGUUUCACCACCAGGUGGCUGAUUCGGGUCAAUUAACAUGGCAGGUAUAUAAGAAAGUUCCCUUAAACUUGAAUAUUAUCAAAUUAAGUGGCUCAAUUUUCAUAUAACCCUUAUGCGUCUGAUACUUAUACUAAUGAAAAUAUGUCCAGUAAAGCAAAAUAUUAUCUGUCCACUAAAAGAAAAGAUAUUUCAUUUUUUGUGAUUUUAUAGCAUGGGGUCUAUGGGGAAUCUCCCCGAGCUAGAAGUCACAUUUUAAAAGAAAAUUAAUUUUUCAAAGUU